CAAAUCUUUGAUUGUGGUCGUUAAUUGCAAAAAAUAAAACGAAAAAGGGGGAAAAAAAGAGGGAGCGAGCACUGAAACGAGCACACCCAAAUCUCAGAUCAAACACACCGGAGGAGGAAGGGAUCCGUCAUUUCGGACCAAUCGAGCGCGGAAGGGGUCCGCAAUCGCAAUUCAAGCUUGAAUUCCUGGAUCUAAUGGCAUUGGUCUCUUGGAGAUUGUAAUUCGGCAAGCAUUGAAUUGAAAUCGUUAAACUUGAGAUGAGUUCUUUAAAGAAAUCUCACAAGAAAGCUACCCUAGAUUUUGCAGCAUGGAGUUUCAAUGUUACUACAUCUGUUGGGAUCAUCAUGGUCAACAAAGCGUUAAUGGGUACUCAUGGAUUCAGUUUUGCCACAACAUUAACCGGGCUUCAUUUUGUGACUACCACCUUGAUGACUAUUGUAUUUCGGUGGUUAGGCCUGAGCCAGCCCUCCCACUUACCGCUAGCGGAUCUGAUUAAAUUUGUGAUAUUUUCAAACUUGUCAAUUGUUGGGAUGAAUGUGAGUUUGAUGUGGAACUCUGUGGGCUUUUAUCAGAUAGCAAAGCUGUGCAUGAUACCUGCAUCAUGUCUUCUGGAGGUUGUCUUUGAUCAUGUUCAUUAUUCCCGGGACACAAAGCUGAGCAUAAUGGUUGUGCUUAUAGGUGUUGCAGUCUGCACGGUUACUGAUGUCAGUGUGAAUGCAAGAGGCCUAAUUGCGGCUGUUAUAGCUGUUUGGAGCACAGCUUUGCAGCAAUACUAUGUUCAUUUUCUCCAACGGAAGUACUCAUUGAACUCAUUCAAUCUCCUGGGCCACACUGCUCCAGCCCAAGCAGGAUCCCUCCUGCUAGUGGGGCCAUUCAUAGAUUUCUUGCUGACAGGCAAAAGGGUGGAUCACUUCAAUUUCUCAUCUCUUGCUCUGUUUUUCCUUGUACUCUCAUGCUUCAUUGCCAUUGGUGUUAAUCUGAGCCAAUUCAUCUGCAUUGGGCGGUUUUCUGCUGUGUCCUUCCAAGUCCUGGGCCACAUGAAGACCGUGCUUGUUCUGUCCCUCGGGUUUCUCUUCUUUGGCAAGGAGGGUCUGAAUCUUCAGGUCGUCCUUGGGAUGGUCCUCGCUGUUCUUGGAAUGAUAUGGUACGGAAACGCAUCAGCCAAACCAGGUGGCAAAGAGCGGCGUAGCGUUCUGCCAGUGAGGUCUGAGAAGCACAAGGAGGAUUCAGAAGAAAAUGUUGGUGCCGAGAAGUAGUCUUGUUGUCUGACUGCAACUGAGAUGAGCAUUUUUCCAGUGAGGUUAAUUUCUGGUGAUGCAAGUAUCACAAAAGUGGAAGGGCACCUUAUGUUUACCGCAGACGCUGAACUCUUCCCGACUAGAAACUCAGCAUUGUUAUAGUUACAGGUAUACAGUACAAGCUCAUUUUUGGCUCUCGGAAACAUUUGUAGCGAGGGGAAUGACAGAUGAUGUUUUACAACUUUUCAAGACAGUUAUAUCCAAUAGUGUAAUUGUUUGCAAAGCAUAGGCUUCUGUAUUUCGUGCGAAUUUGUGUUGAGAACUGAACGAAGUUAUUGAAUUGCAGUAACAAAGAUUGGAA